UGCGCAGCACCGGGAUCGCAGCCGGGACACUCUCGGCUAGGGGCUCCGCGCCCCUGAUCCGCCUCCGCAACCCUCCUGGGCACGAGGUGACACGCCCUCGGUUCCCUAGGCGCGCGGAGCCCGGGAGAUUUCUUCAGGAUCAACUGCGCGGCGGCCUCCCUGGGCUCCUUGCCCCGCCCCGGGUCUCCGCCCCCUCCCCUUUGGCUAGGGAUCUUGGACCCGGAGGCGACCGCCUAAGAAGCUCGAGCAGCCUGGACCCGGAGGCGGGCUGGGGGCCGCGGAGCCGCUGGCCACCGACUCUCCCCGCCAUGUGACUCGAUCCUCCUGCCUGCGAUCCCAGUGCCAGCGCCCGCGCCCUGCCGCGCUGCGCAUCAUGCUCUUGCCGGGACACCCGCGCCCGCCGCCCGCGCCCCAACCCGCGCAGAAUCCCGGCCUCCGCAGGCAGGUAGAGCCUCCCGGGCAGCUCCUGAGCCUCUUCUACUGCACGGUCCUGGUGUGCUCCAAAGAGACCUCCGCGCUCACCGAUUUCUCCGGUUAUUUAACCAAACUCCUGCAAAACCACACCACCUAUGCCUGUGACGGGGAAUAUUUGAACCUACAGUGCCCACGGCAUUCUACAAUAAGUGUCCAAUCGGCAUUUUAUGGGCAAGAUUACCAAAUGUGUGGUUCCCAGGAGCCCGCCUCCCAGAGGGAAGACAACCUGACCUGCGUGGCAUCCACCACUUUGCAGGUGCUGGAUGAAUGCCAGAACCAGCGGGCCUGCCACCUCCUGGUCAAUAGCCGCGUCUUCGGACCUGACCUUUGUCCAGGAAGCAGUAAAUACCUCCUGGUCUCCUUUAAAUGCCAACCUAAUGAACUAAAAAACAAGACUGUGUGUGAAGACCAGGAACUGAAGUUGUAUUGCCACGAGUCCAAGUUUCUCAACAUCUACUCUGCCACCUACGGCCGCAGGACACAGCAGAGGGACAUCUGUUCCUCUGAAGCAGAGCUGCUGCCCCCCUUCGACUGCCUGUCCUACACAGCUUUACAAGUCCUGUCCAGGAGGUGCUACGGGAAGCAGAGAUGUAAGGUCCUCGUUGAUAAUUACCACUUCGGAAGCCCCUGUCUUCCAGGGGUGAGAAAAUACCUCACUGUUGCCUACGCAUGUGUUCCCAAGAACAUACUCACAGCGGUUGAUCCAUCCAUUGCUAAUUUAAACCCUUCUCUGAAGAAAGAUGAUGAAUACGGUAUAAAAUUGGACCCCAGCGGAUCGAGGGUUGUGCGGAAAGAUGGUGUUAUCGUCAGCAACUCCCUGGCUGCGUUUGCUUACAUUCGAGCCCACCCCGAGAGAGCCGCCCUGCUGUUUGUAUCCAGUGUCUGCAUCGGCCUGGUCUUCACGCUGUGCGCCCUGGUCAUCAGAGUGUCCUGUACCAAGGACUUCCGGGAGCUGAAGCAGGGGAGGGAGCAUCUGGUGCUAGGGAGCGAGAAGGCUGAGGAGGACAGCGGGGAGGAGGUGGAAGAGGAGGACUCCUCAGACUCCGAGUUUCCUGUGGAACUGUCCAGGUUUUGUAGGACUUCGUAUCCGGCCUACAGCUCCAUAGAGGCCGCUGAGCUGGCAGAAAGGAUUGAGCGCAGGGAGCAAAUCAUUCAGGAAAUAUGGAUGAACAGUGGCCUGGACUCCUCAAUUCCAAGGAACAUGGGCCAUUUCUACUGAAAACCAGAGGCUCCUGGAUGAGACCACACUUUCUGAAGCGGGAAGGGUCCAGAACGCCGUCUCCCCACUCCCUCGAGUUCUGGUUCACUUGUACCUUCUAUGAAGGAGAAUCUGUCAUGUCAACUGAGACGGAUGAAGCCGGAAAGCUGUCAAAGGGACGUCUCACACUGUUUACAGCACACCCUGGAAUAAAUUGGGAGGAAGAAGA